UUUAUGUGUGCUCGGAAAAACCCUAUUUAUAACCGAAGUAGGUUGUUGGUAAGACCAUCGGUGGUAUCAUUAACAAAUCAAACCCUAAAUUGAAAUCCAGUUUUGUUCAAUUGUCUUUUUUCAUAAUUUCUUCAUAAUUUCUUCAUAAUUGUAAAAGUAUGAGACCAUUCUUGAUGAAAGGCCAUGAACGGCCUUUGACGUUUCUUAAGUACAACAGACAAGGUGAUCUUCUCUUUUCAUGUGCCAAAGAUCAUACACCCACUGUGUGGUUUGCGGAUAACGGUGAGCGAUUGGGUACCUACAAUGGACACAAAGGAGCCGUCUGGUGUUGUGAUGUUUCAAGGGAUUCCAGGCGUCUGAUUACAGGAAGUGCGGAUCGGUCAGCAAAGCUCUGGGAUGUUAAAUCUGGAACUCUGCUCUUUACCUUUGAAUUUGAUUCUCCAGCUAGAUCUGUAGAUUUUGCAAUUGGAGAUAAGCUUGCUGUGAUCACCACGGACCCAUUCAUGGAACAGACUUCAGCGAUUCAUGUGAAAACUAUUUCGAAUGAUCCCAAUGAACAGACCGCUGAGUCUGCGCUUAAAAUCACUGGACCCCGAGGAAGAAUCAACAGAGCGGUCUGGGGACCCUUGAACAGGACUAUAAUAAGUGCUGGAGAAGAUGCGAUAAUUCGUAUCUGGGAUUCUGAGACAGGGAAAAUGCUGAAUGAAUCAAGCAAGGAAACUGGUCAUUCAAAAACAAUUACUUCAUUGUCAAUGUCUGAAGAUGGCUCACACUUUUUAACUGGUUCUUCGGACAAAUCUGCUAAGCUUUGGGACUCCAGGACAUUGACAAAUUUAAAGACAUAUGUAACUGGAAGUCCAAUCAAUGCUGUUGCUAUAUCUCCACUUCUUGAACAUGUGGUGAUUGGAGGUGGUCAGGCCGCAGGUGAAGUCACCACUACCCAUCAUCGUGCUGGGAAUUUCGAGGCUAAAUUCUUCCACAAGGUUCUUCAAGAAGAAAUAGGUGGUGUAAAAGGACAUUUUGGUCCAAUGAAUGCGUUGGCAAUCAACCCUGAUGGAAGAAGUUUCUCAAGUGGAGGAGAAGAUGGUUAUAUUAGGUUGCACCAUUUUGACAAAGAUUACUUCAAUAUCAAGAUGUAGUUCGCCGUCUGUUCUGUUGAUCCAGAUCAUCUUGAUUUGGUCAUGGGAGUAUUUGUCCCUCAUUUUAACCUUUAGAGUUUUUGCUUUUAGCGUUUUUGUUGUGAUGCCUAAAAUUUUGUGAAACACAUACCAAGAUAUUUGGGAAAAUAGUAGUGUCACAUUUAUGAGCUAGUAAUGGAUGCCAUGCUUGCAUUUAAUGGAAUCCAUACAUCUCUUUUAAGUCUCUUUAAACUCU